GGUAACUUGAUAUAAAAGCAUUUAAAAGUACGAUACAUGUACAGUAUGUUCCGGGUUGUUACGGGUUGUUUCCGGUAGCUGGCAAAUUUAUAUAACUUACAACAGUAUAAUACCCGGAGGACUCGUCUGAACUGUGUAUGAUUCAGUCUUAAUUCUUAAACAUUUCCUACCUCGUGUUAUACAUUUCCAUAGAAAUCAAAACUUAUAGAAUAUACUGAAGGCAAAUGAUAGAAAAACGAAAAAAAUAAAUAACUACGUCUGGAAUCUUUGUUAUUAUCGUUUUGAGGAAUAUAAGAAUUUAGGGAAAACAUAAUUGACUGUUUUAAUAGUGAUAGAAAUGGUCAGAACUACAUUGAAUAUCUGCUGUCUUUCUGUCAUCAUCCUGUUGGUAUCACAUUGCUCCUGUGACCACAGGCUCCACAAACCUGACUAUCCAUUUGAUCUGGACACUGCAGGGAACGCAAUUGAAGGCUAUGUUAAUUCUGAAGUAAAGGAAGGAUCUAAAGUUCUUGUUAAACCUGUUGAAGGCCAACAGUUCUUAGAAGACGGAGAGGUGGUGAAAUACCUUCAAGUAAAAGUUCGAACAGGAAACUUUACUGGGAAUGAAGAAUACGUAGCAGAAAAUACAGACGCCUUCAGGGUAGAUGAAAAGGGUUACAUCAUUGUGAAUAACACUGAAUCAUUCGACCAUACACAGGCAAUUGAGUUUUAUGUUGUCAUGUUCAGAUUUGAUGAUGUAGUUUCUGAUCCAGUACCGUUUAUUGUUCGUGCUGAGAAACAUAAACCAGACGAAAAUUACGGAUAUAAUACAACAGCAGCCGUUUUUGCUGGAGUUUUAAUUUGUCUUAUUGUAGUGUUUGCUCUAUUAAUCCCGUUUGUUGUUCGAGCAAAGCGGCGAGUUAAACAAGGCAAACCUAUUUGGAAGUUCGGAAGCCACCCUUCCGCUUUAGAGAGGGAAAUUGCACUUGAAAAAGGAAGUCAGUCCAAUCUAACUGUGCACAUGGUUGAAAGCCAGGCUUCCUCGGGUCCUCACCUGAAAAACCGAGCAAUGACCGAAGGUGAUUUUUAUGACAAUUAUGGUUAUCGUCUCGAAAAAGAAGUUGAAAGAGAAAAGAAUGAAUUGUCGCAUGAUUUGAUGGCAAUUGCGAGUCAUGUUGAAGAACUAGAUGACGCAGAUAAUGUACUUCAAUUAAAUAAGAAACAUCACAGCGACGAUUCUGAUUCUGGACUAUCAAGUGAUGGCCGACACGACAAAGGGAAGGGAAUUCUUAGGAAUGGACAUAAUGAAAAGGUUUUCUCUAUAGAAAUGAAAAAGAAAAUACUUGAUACUGACAAAAAACCUAAACACAUUGAAGAAUCAGCUCAUUUGUGAUAAAUGCAAAUUAAGUAUUUUGCAAUUAGUCCCUAUUUAAUGUAAUGAAACUUUGCUUUAAUGAUAAACGAUGCAUUGAAACAGAUUUCGGAAAGAUUUGGCAUGUUUUGUUUAUAUAGCAUAUAUAUAUAUAUAUAUAGGCAUUGAUUCCGUUUGCGCACUGCAGUACUGAUAUUGAUCUCUUAAAACACAUGUUAAUAGCAUGCGCUGUUCAUUAGUAAUAAUAUGUGCUAACUGAUUAUACAGCAUGUACAGUAUAUUCAGGAAUAUAAUUUUUACGUGAUAUUUUGUAAUUUAUCAUAUUGUUGUUGUUAGUAAGAUUAUAAUGAAUAAAGAAUUCUAUGUAU